AUGCAUAAAAAUAUUAUAAUAACUUUAAUUAUUUCAUUAUUUAUCAAUAAAUUAAAAGCUACAAAAUGUAUUAUUGGUACUGAAACAAAUAUUGCUGGUAGUGAUGAUGAUCGAGGAGAUCGAGCAAAUUGUGUAAACUGUAAAGCUAAUUAUUAUUUUAGUGGUGCUAAUUUCAUUUCUGGUGUUAGUCAAUGUUUUUAAUGUCCUUCUUAAAAAACUGUAGAUGCUUAAGCUAACGCAGGUAGAAUUGCUACAUUAGCUAUUCAAUGUAAUACUGAUUGUCCUACUGGUACUUAAACGGAACAAGGAAUACUACUUAUGUAUUAUAAAGAAAAGAAUGUAAUUUUUGUUAGGCUAACCAUUAUUUCCAAAAUAAUUCAAUGCUUUUUUCACCAGGUUUUAGCAAAUGUGAUAAAUGUCCAGUAUAAAAAGCUUCUGGUUUUGAAGCAACUUUAGGAUCUAAUGCAAAACUAGCCAUAUAAUGUGACGUUACUUGCCCUACCGGAACAACAAUAUAAACUGGAUAAACUAGUUAUGUAUUAUUUAAAUAUGAAUGUGUUAAUUGCAAUGCUGACUUUUAUUUUGAUUCAAUUGGAUUUGUUUCAGGUGUAAAUGAAUGUAAACCUUGUCCAAUAAAAAAAGAGGUUCUAUUCCAACAAGAGGUUUAGAUGCUUCUAUGGAUGUUGGAUAGCUGGUACUGAUAUAUGUAUUCCUUGUACUAAUAUAGUAGCAUAAGGAUCAGAAGCAAAUUGCCCAAUUUCUGCUACUCAAUCUAAUUAAUGCAAAACAGCUGGUACUUUCUCUUAAUUUUUAAUAUUUUCCUUAUUAUCUAUUUAUUUAUAUUUAUUGUGA